UACUAUUACUAUUCUUAUUAUUAUAAUAUCGUUAUGAAGGAAAUUCUUUAAUUGUUUAACGUAGACGAUAAUUUGACGAAACACGUACAAGGAUAUACGAUUGAAAUUUGUCGACUUCAAGGACAUCUCGUUAAAACGCACAAUCUAAACGUACUCGUUGGUCAAACCCCUUUACGUGUUGAUCCACGAACAUCCGUUUUACAUUUUACAUUGGAAAAAUAAUUUACUGUUGAUGCUUGCGCAAUCGUUCCGUUACAAGAAACGCGUGAUUCGUCGAAAGAAACAAAUAGAUAGUGAAUAAGAGAGGAGAACGAGAGAGAAAAAGAGACGGAGUUACGUUUUCCCUCUCUCUCUCUCUCUUUUUUAUAUAUACGAAGAAACGCCAGUGGGAGAAAAUAAAUGGCCGAAGGAGUCGUCUUUAAGUCGUUGGAUCGAAGAAAUAAUUAGAACUGGAUAAGUACAAUGAAGGAACAAGCUGGGCCUUCCAGGCCUUCCGGGUCUGCUACGGAAGAAAAGGAGAAGGAUGAUAGAAUGUUUGAAUGUAACAUUUGUCUGGAUACGGCCAAGGAUGCGGUUGUAAGCAUGUGCGGACAUUUGUUCUGCUGGCCUUGUUUACAUCAGUGGCUAGAGACUCGCCCAACACGGCAAGUAUGUCCAGUUUGCAAAGCUGCUAUUAGCAAAGAGAAAGUCAUUCCAUUGUAUGGACGUGGAGCAACAAAACAUGAAGAUCCAAGAAAUAACGUUCCACCCCGUCCUGCUGGACAGAGAUCAGAACCUGAAACCAAUUUGGGAUUCUCUGGAUUUGGAUUUGGUGAUGGUUCAUACAUGUCUUUUGGAAUUGGAACAUUUCCAUUUGCAUUUUUCACAUCUACAUUUAAUUUUGGAGAUACUCGACCAAGUGCUGCUCCACGAGGCACUCCACAAUAUGAAGAAGAGCAUUUCUUGUCAAAGAUAUUUUUAUGGUUAUCAAUGAUAUUCAUCUGCUGGCUGCUAAUGGCGUAACACUUUUUUAAGUUUCACUGUAUGUCGUAAUUUUUACUAUUAUUCGGUCAGUCCAUUAUACGUGUGCUCAUACAUAAUUUUCCCUAUUUGUAAUAAUCUUUGUCAAACGUAUAACAACUAUACCCCUGCUUGGAUAAAUAAAUAUAUAAAUAGUUACACUA